AUGGCACACGCCGACAAGCAAGCAGAUUUCGAGGAGCUUUGGGUUCAAUUGGAAAUGUUCGCUAAGUCUAGGGACAAGACAGACAGGAAGCAGUCCCGUGUCAUUGCAGAACAUCUCGUCGUCGGCUACAGCGAACUCUCACGAUCUUACCACAUUCGCGCUUACAUGGCACUGGCCUCGCUUUUGUGUGCUCGGGAUUCUCUUCGUGAGGUCGCAGAGGGCCGCGUAGAGGUCCAGACCGAGAUCCGGGCCGAGCUACGCGCCAGGAUAUUGUUUGAGCUCCAGACAGAACUCCGAACUAUCAGGGAAGCAUACAAGAACAAGACCACCUCAGUAUCCACACUCAUAGUCACGACUCGGCUCGGGCCUGGUAGCCAGGAAGAGCCUAUUGACCUAACUCUCGAAGACGACUUUAUCUCUUCCGAUUCUUCCGACAACAACAACAACAACACCAAUUACAGCGAGCUUAUCGACCUGACUCUCGACGACGAAUGUGUCCCUAUCAACAACUCAGGCGACGAGUCUUAUAUCAACUUCGACAGUGGUUACGAGGAAGGAACAGACAUCUUGUCGACACAAUUCUCCUCGCCCCUAUGA